CGUGACGUCACGGCGGUGGGCGGGGCCUCGGCGAGCGCGGGUGUGACAGCAGCAGUGACCGCAGUGACGUCGGCAGCGAGCUCAGUGGCCAGUGACAUCACCAAUGUCACCAGGAACCAGGUGUGACAUCAGCAACCGUGUGUGACAUCAUCAGUGACAUCAUCACUGACGAACAGUGACAUUGCGGUGACAUUCUGGUGACAUUGCGGUGACAUUGCAAUGACAUCGUUGUGACAUUGUGGUGACGUCGCAGUGACAUUGCGGUGACACUCCGGUGACAUUGUUGUGACAUUGUGGUGACAUCGCAUUGACGCUGCAGUGACAUUGUGGUGACAUCACGGUGACGUCUCGGUGCCAGGUGCCACCCCGGCCAUGCUGCGCGGUGCCCGGGCGGUGGCCCUGUUCCUGUCCCCUGUCCCGUGUCCCCGGCGCCGCUGUCACCGUCCGUGUCCCCCCCCGCGGGACCUGGCUGUCCCCAACCCCGGCUGGAGCGAGCGCAUGCGGGAGCGGCACCGGGAGCUGCUGGAGCGGGCGCGGGACGAGGGCUGGACACGGGUGCCGAGCUACCGGAGAUUCCUGCCGCAGAUGGUGGGGCUGCCUGGUGACGGUGACGGUGACAGGGACACGCGGCUGUUCCCGAGGGCCAUCGAGGGCGACGGGGACGGCUUCGAGUUCGUCACCUUCCUGAAUGUCCCCAAGGGCCGCCUGCGCUGCCUGUGCCAGCUGGGGCCCUUCCUGGAGGGACACCCGGGGCUGGCGCACGGCGGUGCCAUCGCCACCCUCAUUGACACCUCGCUGGGGACGCUGGCGCUGGCGGUGGGCGGGCGCGUGGUGACAGCCAACCUGAGCAUCGACUACCUGGAGCCUGUCCCCCUGCUCUCGGUGCUCCUGCUCGAGGCGUUCCUGCAGCGCCACCAGGGCCGGAAGCUCUUCCUGAGCUGUGACCUGUGGGACGCCGAGGGGACAACGCUGCACGCCAAGGCCACCGGGCUCUUCAUCCAGCAGGACCUGCCCGAGGAGCCACCACGGGGAGGGGACAGCGGCCGGUGACUGUCACCCGUGCCACCUCCUGUGCCACCCGUGCCACCCGUGUGACCCUCGGUGCCCUCCCUGUCCCCCAGUGCCACCCUGGCUCUCCUUCAGCCACCCCUGGGUGUCCCCAAAUGUCCCCCCCCCCCCCAAGUGUCCCCAAGUGUCCCCGUGCCCAUCACGGCCGCUGCCACCA